AUGCCGUACAGCGUAGACAUAGAAGCUCAGGAAGGAUUGUUUUUGUCUGCCGCUAAUGGAUAUACUGAUAUUUUGAUGUUCUUCAUUGAAAAUGGCGCUGAUAUCAAUGCAUGUACGGCAGAUCAUAACUGCACCCCUCUGAUGUUGGCAAUUGAAAAUGGUCACACAAAUACUGUUAACGUUCUUAUUCAGUACGGAGCCAAUGUGGCUCUUACAGAUGACAGUGGCUUUACAGCUCUUCACUAUGCUUGUAUUGAUCAUGGCUCUCUAGAAGUUUUGAGAUAUUUAUUUGAAAAUGGGGCUGAUGUCAAUGCGUGUUCUUCAGUCACGCCUCUCAUGAUGGCAAUUGAAAAUGGUCACGUAAGUGCAGUCACCUUUCUUACUGAACGUGGAGCUGAUGUUACUCUUACAGAUGAAUGUGGCUAUAAAGCCCUACACUAUGCUUGUAUUAAUAAUAGCUCACCUGAGGUUUUUAGUUGUUUGUUGGAAAAGGGAGCUGACAUUAAUGCAUGUUUAAAUGAUGGAAUGACCCCUCUGAUGAUAGCAGCUGAAGAUAGUCUCAUAAAUGUUGUUACUUUCCUCAUUAAACAAGGAGCUAAUGUGGGUCUUCAAGACAGCUAUGGUAAAACAGCUCUUCAUUAUGCACUAGGUAGUCUUAAUUUUUUGUUUGAGAUUUUGGGUUGUUUGAUCCAGAAGGGAGCUGAUGUCAAUACAGGUAGUAAUGACAAACUCACCCCUCUUAUGAUAGCAGCUGAAAAGGGUCACAUAAAUGCACUCACUCUCCUCAUUAAAUUUGGAGCUGAUGUGGAUCUUCAAGACAAAAAUGGCAAAACAGCUCUUCACCAUGCUGUUUAUGGUUCUGAUGUCUCAUGUGAGAUUUUGAGUUGUUUGAUUGAAAUGGGAGCUGAUGUCAGUGCAGGUGGUAAUAUCAACCACACCCCUCUUAUGAUAGCAGCUGAAAAGGGUCAUAUAAAUGCAGUAACAUUUCUUAUUAGAAAUGGAGCUGAUGUGGAUCUUCAGGACCAAAAUUAUGGUGAAACAGCUCUUUUCUGUGCUGUACGUGGUUUUGAUGCCUCCUGUGAAGUUUUAAAUUGUUUGACUAAAAAUGGCGCUGAUAUCAAUGCAUCGUCAAAAAGAAUGCUGACCCCUCUGAUGAUAGCAGCCAAAAUGGGCUGCAUUAAUGCAGUGACCUUUCUCAUGGAAUGUGGUGCUAUUGUGGAUCUUCAAGACAAAGAUGGUAAAACAGCUCUUCACUAUGCUGUACAUGGUUGUGAUACCACACGAGAUGUUUCGAGAUGUCUUGGAACUCAAAACCCUCUGAUGACACCGGUUGAAAAAGGCCACGUUAGUGUAGCAACCUUUCUCAUUGAACAUGGAGCUAAUGUGAAUCUUCAAGACAAAUAUGGUCGAUCAGCCCUUCACCACGCUGUACCUGGUUCUGAUGCCUCACUGGAGAUUCUGAAAUGUUUGAUUGAAAUUGGAGCUGAUGUCAAUGCUCGUACAAAAAUCAAAAGAACCCCUUUGAUGAUGGCAUGUGAAUAUGGUCAUUCGAAUGCAGUCACCUGUCUCAUUGAACAUGGAGCUAAUGUGUCUCCUAAAGACGAAUAUUGUUACACAGCUCUCCACCAUGCUUGCAGAUUCCAUGGUUCAUGUGAGAUUUUGAGUUGUUUGAUUGAAACAGGAGCUGAUGUCAAUGCACGUGCAAAGAACAAAAGCACCCCUUUGAUGAUGGCAUGUGAAUAUGGUCACUUGAAUGCAGUCACCUUUCUCACUGAACAUGGAGCCCAUGCAGGUCUUCGAGAUGAGGAUGAUAAAACAGCCCUUCACUAUGCUGUGUGUGGUUCUGAUGUCUCAUGCGAGAUUUUGAGUUAUUUGAUUGGAAUUGGAGCUGAUGUCAAUGCAUGUGCAAAAAAUAAAGGCACUCCUCUGAUGAUAGCAGCUGAAAAUGGUCAUAUAAAUGCAGUCACCACUCUCGUUAAAUGUGGUGCUUAUGUAGAUCUUAAAGACAAAGAUGGUCAAACAGCUCUUCAUUAUGCUCUAAUGUAUAGUCCUCAUGCCUCAAUUGAGGUUUUGAAUUGUUUGAUAAAAAAUGAAGCUGAUGUCAAUGCAUUUACAUUUCGUUAUGAGACCCCAUUGAUGUUAGCAAGCUAUUUUGGUCAUGUGAAUGCUAUGGCAUUUCUUAUUGAACAUGGAGCUAAAGUGGACCUUCAAGAUGAAAUUGGAACAACAGCACUUCAAUAUGCUGCACAAGGUCCUAAUCUCUCAGAUGAGAUUAAUAAUUAUUUUAGUUUACAAGGUGUUGAUCGCAAUAAAUUUGUGGAAGAAACAAGUGUGCAUGACCAUGUGAAGGCAGUGACCUUUCUUAUCGAACAUGGAGCUAAUGUGGAUCUUCAAGACAACAAUGGUGACACAGCUCUUCACUAUGCAGUAACGUUUGAUUUUCCUGAGAUUGUUAAAAUGCUGCUAAAUCUUGGGGCAUCCGACAUGUGCAACAACAAAGGACUAACACCGCUUCAUCAAGCCAGCAUUAGUGCAAGUAUUGGAGUGGUGGAGUAUUUAAUUAAGAGACCAGAAAUAACAAAAGAGCAAAGAGUGGAUGCUCUAGAGCUGCUUGGUGCCUCUCGUGCCACUCAAUAUAAAGAGUUUAGUCUUCUUAGUUUUUUUGUUGCGGAAGGACUGAUGUACAUCAAGCGUGGCAUGGAAGAGAGAUUUGUGGAUCCAUCUCAGCCUAUAUUAACACAACCGAAGAAACCUGCUUAUGGCAACAGAAAAGACAGCCAAACCCCUGAGGAACUUGCUCAGAUAGAAGGUGACACUGAGGCUAUCCUAAUGGAAUCCCUUCUUAUUAAAGAGAGAAUCCUUGGAACAAACCACAGUGAGCUACUUCGAUCAAUUAGAUUUGUUUGUAGCAGUUGCAACCUUACUGAUCCAUCCUUACUAAUAGCAUUGUAUAGUCGUGCGGUGGAUAUAGCACAGAAAUCUAAUUUAUCUUCCCUUGAUGAUUUUCAAGAAAUAAGUCAUUUACUGCAUAAAAUUUGCAGCGGGAGUAAUCAUCUAAAAGAAAAGGAUUUGCUUGAAUUGCUGAGGCAAAUAGUUAUCGAGUAUGAGAAGCAACAUACAAAGAGAAGAAGAAAUGAUAACAAGCAAUACUGUCAACAGCUGGUCCGGGAGGAUCUCUUUGACUGUUCACUUGAACUUGUGCUCAUGAUUUCAAAAUCUGAAUUUUGUGACGAGAGGAAUGCCUCAAGUUUGACCAUGUUGUUGAGGAAACUUUUCAUGCAGGAUCCUAGAAACAGAUCUGGAAAUACACUGUUACAUGAGUUCAUUGAAAGGUGCACAGAUGAUGAUGAUGAUUUAUUUCCUUGUCGUCAAGCAGUGAAUCUUCUUUUGAACGAAGGGUUCAAUAAUUAUUUUAUUGUCAUCAACAAUGAAGGAAACACUCCACUUCACAUAGCUGUCAUGUUAGAACCCAGGAAUGACAAACUUUAUCUUGUUACUGAAAUCCUGCAGCUUUUGUUUUAUGGAGGUGCUCAUCAUGAUUUUGUCAACAAUGAUGGUAAAACACCCAUGGACAUGGCUAAAACUGAUGAAGCUCGCAUGAUUCUUUCAGAGAGGAGAAAACUGGAGUUAAAGUGUAUCAGUGCCAAAGCUGUCAAAAAGUUUGGAAUUCCUUAUUUGGGUGUGGUACCAAAAACCCUGGAGAAUUACAUCAGCAGGCAUUAA